AUCUUCUUCCUUUACCGUCUACGUACUUUAUUGGAGCCACUCUCUCACAAACAUGCUUGCUCGGUUUUUACCGUGGAGGACUGUUUUAUACUGUUAUAAGAGUAGUUUUGUUUAAAUUGCUGAUAUUGCUUUUGAUUUGUCUGGACUUCUACGACUAUCGUUUGGUGAAUUGUUGCUUAGAAAGGGUUAUGUAUGCAGAAUCUGACUAUGUGGGGUGAAGCUUUGAUUGAGCUGUGGCAAUUUCAGACCGUAAAAGAUGUUAAAUGAUGCCAUUUCGAAGUUGGAGGAGGCUUUGGUGAUAAAUCCUGCCAAGGCUGACUCCUUAUGGUACAUUGGAAAUGCUAAUACCUCUUAUGCAAUUCUGACUCCUGACCUUGUUGAGGCAAAAGAGUAUUUCGACAAGGCAUCUGAUUACUUCCAACAAGCUGUAGACGAGGAACCCAGUAACGACCCUUAUCACAAAUCUCUAGAAGUCACUGCAAAGAGCUGCACAUGGAGAUUCAUGAGCGUGGAAUCAGUCAACAAACUAUGGUGGAGGGUCUUCUGCUUCUUCAAAUGCAAAGGGUUCCAAGAAGAAUAAGAAGAGUAGUGAUUUGAAAUAUGACAUUUUUGGAUGGAUAAUCCUUGUAGUUGGAAUUGUUACAUUGGUGGGAAUGGCAAGAUCCCAUGGUUCUCCACCUUCAAGAUAAGCCAUAAAGUAAAUGCCAAAUGCUUUUGGGUGUUGAUCAAACAAUUCUGACAGGAUGUCACGUAGUUGAUUGAGUUCUGCAUGUGGCAAUGCAUUCCACAUGUUUAUUUUGAAUCUUCUGUUUCUUCAUUGCUAAUUUUGUUAGCAUGAUUAUUAUUCUUGUGCAAAAUUUUGCCAUUAUUGUGUGUAAUCAAUCUAUUAUGCUUUCCUUUCUCCCUAUUUCAUCUGCUGUGCUUAGGUUAGUGAAGUUGUGAUAAUUUGAAUUCCAUUAAACAGGUAGUGGUGGUUGAAGUGGGAGAAACUAUUUGAUUUGAUUUCAUUGAAUGGAGACAGGAGAGUAACCUGGUUAUAAUGGCAAAUAUAUGUCAUGCAAUUUGGACUGUGAGCUUAUUGUGUUUCACUUGGAAUUAAUACUUUAGGAAUUGGUAUUUAUGUGGUUGAGUUCCAACCAUUGAUUGAGUGUUCCUCUUUUCUUGUUCACCCAUUUCCCACCCUCCAAACCUAGUUGCUGAUUGUUUACUUCUAACUUCUCAUUUUGAUUUGUUGGUUCAAAUUCUAUAUUUUAUUGAAACAAGAAGUCAAAUUGUUCUGCAUAUGGAAAGAACCUGAAGCUUAAAUAGAAUAGUAAAUGCACAAUAUGAAACUCAACUCAAUUAAGCUUGAUCCAAAACUUUUUAGGUUUGAAUAUAUGUAUGUAUUAUUCUUCCCAUUCAACCUGGUUUAGAGCUACAUCUUUAGAAAGAUCUAAGACUGCAGCGAGCAAUACAAAGCAAAGGCUUUGAUUUUUUUGAAAUAACCCACAAAUUCACGAGGAGAACAACUUUUUUAACUUUAAACCUUCUGAUUCUUUAAUCUUCUGUGAACAGAAGGACCACUUUAGUGACUCUGUGAUAAGAGGCUUGGUAGUUGGUAUCCAUAUUAAAAUGGGGAGGGGGCAAAUUAAAAAAAAAAAAAUUUUAAAAAGAAGCUUGAAGCUGCAACAACAUAAUACCUAUGCUGUAAUCUACAUGUUGAGAAAUUUUUUACCUCCUUUCUGUUUCAUUCCACCAAAUAAAAUUUUGACUUCAUUUGAGACGUCCACUCAUCAGACAUUCAUGUGCUUAUAAUAAAUCAAUGUUUUUUUUUUUUUUUUUUUACCAGCCACAGUCUUCUAGCUACCAUAUCAAUGUUAAUUACUGAAUUCUACUAUUUUUAAGGUUUUCUGUCGACUUUCAAACGUUUUCUGAAUCUAGUACUUUUUCUUGUUGAUUGAGUUAGCAUUGCUGUUGGAACAGCUAUUGAGAAAAACAAUUCUUUAAAUGUAUUCAUUGGAGAGUAUUAAAAAAUAAUUCAAAAUUAAAUUUGAUAAGUUUUAGUCAUAAAAACACUAAAAAUUAUUUUUUUCAACAGCAUCUAAGAUGCUGUUUUUUUGUCCUGAUAAGCAGAUUUAGCUCUUUAACCUCAAUAUCAAACAGGUACUAAAUCUCAGAUGUGUGAAUUUCUAUUUAACUUCAGAUUCUUUUGAUUUGCUUAUUUGUUAAACAAUCAUUUGACACAUGAACAAUCUGUUCACUAUUUAUGGCUUUGUUUGUUAUUGAUGUGCCUUUUGCAAAUCUAAUCUCCAAGGAGAUUUACUCAUUGUAUCUAGUGUUCAUAUUUUUUUUUUCUGUUUUACAUUUUAUAUAUUGUGAUAGAUGCUCCUUGAACCUUAAAUUUUGGGUAUAGGGGAAACAUGCAGGGAAAAUCCGAUCCCAUAAACCACCAGACCAUUCUUUUAAAGGGAAUGUUUGUCAACAAUUUAGGGUCUGUUUAGCAUUGUUGAUGGAGCUAUUAUUGAGGAAAGCACCUUCUUAAAUAUGUUAGUUAGAAAGUACUAAAAAUUGGUUUAAUUAAAUUUGAUGUUUUAGUCUAAGAAUUGCAAAACAACUAAACAAUUUUUUUAAAUUGCUUUUGUUCUACAGCAUCUAAAAUGAUGCUUUUCCAAAAGGCAGCAUUUUGGCCUCCCAACAUAAUCCCAAAUGGAGCUUUAUAUGUAGCCAAUCAUCAUACUAAAUUUUGUUUCCAUUUGAACUUUCUUCUUCUUUUGAGGCAUUUUGCUUAUCUUCCUAAACAUUUAAGCAGGGAGCAAUAGUAUUAGUUGCUAGCAUGUCCAGGAUUAUCUAUGAGAAGUUAUCCACCAAAACUAGAAAUGCACCACGCUUAGACGAUAAAAGCUGUCUGUUUAGUUGAAGCUUACUUUGAUCCAUCUUUGCCUUAAUUGCUUCUUCACUACUGGAAUCCAAUUUUGUGGGCAACAUUGAUUUCUGUUAAGACACAUCUUCUCAUUGUAGCAGUUAAAUGUAAUUGAAAGAUAUCAUAUCUAUUGAUUGGUUCUUUAGAAGAUUCUUUUUGGCCCAUUCACUGCCUGAUGCUUCUGUUCAACUUCAAUCCCAUUUCUCUUCCUCACUUCUUCAUUUACUUACAGUCAAUAUGGUAGCUGGAUUACUUGGAUUACAUGUUUGGUUUAUUUUAUCUAUUAGAUAGCCAUGUUAGAGUGAGUGGUUUUAUUGCUGUUGCUAUUAUCAAUGUUGUAUGUGUGCAGUUUUAUCGAAGGUGGUCAUUGUAACUGAACUGCUCUUGGUGUUAGGCUAGCAGCAGGAUUCUUCUUGUAUAAUCUUGAAGUUCACAUAUAGUGUGUGGUGAAUCUUGUUACAUAUGACGAUGUGGAAUAUAUUUCUAAGAGGCAGUGGAGAUCAAAUUCAAGGAUUAUCUAAGCUACUUCAGGACCAGGCCCACCACUUUCUCUUAAAUCUUAAUGGAAUCAAGUGCUGGAUAAAGCUGGCAAAUUCAGAGUGGAUGCCUUUCUAUUAGUGGAAACAAAUCUCAAAAGAGAAUGAGAGAGAUAUGUUCUUUAAAACACCAGAUAGUGGGAACAAAUUCCUAGAUAUGUUGUUAGGAAGUAGCAUGAUAAUGUUAAAUUAAUAGAAGUUUACAAGGCAUUCCACUUUGAUUAGUUUUUAUAAGGAUUUCUUG